UUGGGACACUUCUUCGGUCCUAUAUCGCAAAGAGCUGGGAGCGAGGUAGCAUCGAUUAGCAGCAGCGGCAGCAUCGAGGGGAAGGAGAGACGCGGCAUUAGGGAGCGGCCAGCAUCGGUUGCAACGAGCGACGUGGCACCAUUUGGAGCAGCAGCAACCAGCAUCUAUUGGAAUGAGCGGGGGAAAGCGGCACAACAAGCCCAGAAGAAGGUCGUUGUAUUUUUCGGCGGUAGUAUCCGGGAAUUCGUACGAAGCACAUGCAGUCAAGUGCUUAUUGAACAAAGAGCUGGGAGCGAGGUAGCAUCGAUUAGCAGCAGCGGCAGCAUCGAGGGGAAGGAGAGACGCGGCAUUAGGGAGCGGCCAGCAUCGGUUGCAACGAGCGACGUGGCAUCAUUUGGAGCAGCAGCAACCAGCAUCCAUUGGAAUGAGCGGGGGAAAGCGGCACAACAAGCCCAGAAGAAGGUCGUUAUAUUUUUCGGCGGUAGUAUCCGGGAAUUCGUACGAAGCACAAGCAGUCAAGUGCUUAUUGAAGUGUUCGAGGAUAUCUGUUCAAUCAAUCCGGCGAAAUAA